UUCAACCACUGCUAGAAGAAGCUCUUUAAACAGAGAGAGGGUGUUUGAAAGUGCAAGAGUUGUUUUUGUGAGCCCAAACCCCCAACUCGCUUUCUAGACACCACCAAAAUGAGCGGCUCCUUCAUGAGAAACUCCACCAUUCCCCGCCUGUUACUCGCCCACACCAUCACCAACAUCAAAGACCCAGCAGCUCAUUCGGUUUUCAGACAACAACAACAACAGUCAAGAAAAGCUUACUUUGGUUUCUCAAAUGUUUUUAAGAGAUCAAAAGAGUACAAUAAUGAGCUCUCUCCUUCUUCUCUUUUGACUUCUUCUUUCUCUUCAAAGGCUGAAAACGCUGCGUUUUUCAAGUUUGGGUUUAUUGGUUGGUACCUGGGGAUGGUUAAGUCACGACCUGUUUUGACCAAAAGUGCCACUUCCUCUCUUAUUUACAUUGCUGCUGACUUGUCGUCUCAGACAAUUUCACUGCCAAGUUCGGAAUCUUAUGAUCUGGUGAGGACAUUGCGCAUGGCUGGAUAUGGGUUGCUGAUUGUAGGACCAUCACUGCAUUUUUGGUUCAAAUUUGUCUCAAAACUCCUACCAAAACGAGAUCUAAUCACGACAUUUAAGAAAAUUCUCAUGGGUCAGACCAUCUACGGACCUAUCAUGACUGUUGUUUUCUUCUCAUUGAAUGCACGCCUACAGGGUGAGAAUAGUGCUGAGAUUAUUGCCCGGUUGAAGCGAGAUUUAUUGCCUACAAUGAUAAACGGUGUUAUGUACUGGCCUGUAUGUGAUUUUGUCACAUUCAAAUUCAUUCCUGUCCAUUUACAGCCCUUGGUGAGCAACUCGUUUUCAUAUCUAUGGACUGUCUACAUGACAUACAUGGCAAGUUUAGAGAAAGCAGGCUCCUCCGGAUGAUGGGCUCAAUGCUUACCAAUUCUUUCCUUCACCAAAAUCAUGUCUCCUAGCUACACAGCCCUGCACUGGUGGUUGCGUACAUAAUCAGUUCAACGAAACUCAAUGAUGCCUUCAAUGCCAUGCAGUUAUGGUAUCUAAAAUAGUACGAUGGCUGAACUUGAGAGUUAGAUCUCUGCUAUAAUUGAGAAUAGCAACCUCAUCUUGUCUUCUCAUGAUUGUUUUGAGAUAAUUUACCAGAUUUGUAAUGUAGAACUUAGUGUUUUGCAAAGCAAUGGCUUAAUGUCAUUGGAAACAUCUCUUUGAAACAUUGCCCUCCGGGAUUACGUUUAAUUUAUAUCAAACUCCAUUUUUAAAAAGCUGACAAA